UAACACUGAGAGUAAAUUUUAAAACAAAAGAUAAAACAGAGGAUGCGACGAUCCGGUGAUGACCCACCCACCCACAGCCACACAGGCCGAGCUGAAGGGAGGGGGACUGCCUGCGGGCUGCGGCUUCCGGCGCAAGAUGCCAUGUGGACUCCGGAUGACUCGAAAGUCCAUCCAUCUCCUCUCUAUCUCUCUAUCUAUCUAUUUCACGCCUCCACGGCUCCACGGCUGCUGCCAGCCUGACUAGUGAGGUGAUUGCCGCAGCGGCGGUCGGCCAGAGCGCGUGUGCUCCUCCCCAGCAUAAUCCCACCACCAUCGCGCACCCGCCCACCUCAAGCGAGCGGCCCCAAUUCCCAGCCACCGCAAGUGGCUUAACCCUCGCUCCCGCACCCCCACUCUUCCACCGCACGCACCCGCGCGAGCGAGUGCGGCAGAUCGCGGCCGGCCGCUGGGUCCGGUGCAGUUCCGGGCUGCGGCGCCGGGCCACAGUUGAUGCGGACGAUCCGAGGAGGACGGGACGGGAUGGCGGCUUCGGCGGCGCCUGGGUCGGCUGGGAGGCAGGCGCGCGGAGUCGCGGCAGCGGCGACCGGAAACGCGGUAUUUAAGAGUGGCCCUCUCUUCAUAUCAUCGAAAGGAAUUGGAUGGAAAACGUGGAAAAAACGCUGGUUCAUCCUCACACGAACAUCACUGGUUUUCUUCAAGAGUGAUCCUAGUACGUUACCACAGAGAAGUGAAGUGAACCUUACAUUGGGAGGAAUUGACCUUAAUAAUUCUGGGAGUGUAGUAGUCAGGGAAGACAAAAGGCUACUGACUGUCCUUUUUCCAGAUGGCCGUGAUGGCCGUGCCUUCACCUUGAAGGCAGAAAGUUCUGAAGAUUUGUUUGAGUGGAAAACAGCGCUGGAAGAAGCUCUUGCACAAGCUCCAAAUGCAGCUCUUGUGAUGGGGCAUAAUGGAAUAUUUCGCAAUGACACAACAGAUGUAUAUGAAGGGGCUAUUCCGAAUUGGGGAAAGAAGAGACCUAUCAAAUCAAUAGUUGUUGGCAGGCCAAUACUGCUUGCACUGGAAGAUAUAGAUGGCAGUCCUUCUUUUCUGGAAAAAGCUUUGUGUUUCCUUGAGAAACAUGGAAUGAAGGUGGAAGGAAUUUUGCGUCAAGCUGCAGAUGUGGAGGAGGUUGACAGGAGAUUGCAAGAAUAUGAGCAAGGAAGGACAGAAUUUGCACCAGAAGAGGAUGCUCAUGUUGUUGGUGACUGUGUAAAGCAUGUUCUCCGUGAGCUUCCAUCUUCUCCUGUUCCAGCUUCGUGCUGUACAGCAUUAUUGGAAGCUUUCCGUCUGGAAACCAAGGAAUCUCAGAUCAAAUCCAUGCGUGCAGCAAUAUCUGAAACAUUUCCUGAGCCUAAUAGGCGGCUGCUACAGAGACUUUUGAAAAUGAUGCAUACCAUUGCUUCUCAUACUGCCGAGAAUAGAAUGACUCCAUCAGCAGUUGCUGCAUGUAUGGCCCCGCUCUUGUUGCGUCCCCUUCUUGCUGGUGAAUGCGAGAUGGAAGAUGACUUAGACAUGAAUGGUGACAGUGCUGCUCAGCUUAUUGCCGCUGCAAAUGCUGCUAACAGUGCUCAAGGCAUUGUAACUACUCUAUUAGAGGAAUACAAGAGUAUAUUCAAUGAUGAGCACUUUAGGUGCUCCUUAUCACCUGAUUCUCAAACAGGAGAUAGUGGAAGUGAAGAAUCAACUGAUGACGAAACUGUGGAUACCAAGGGUAAUGGAUUUCAUGAUGCGGAAAAUGAUGUAGAUCAAGAAUUAGAUGAUGCCGAGCGAAUGCUGAGUGGAAAAUUCACUGAAACCAGUGCAAGUGCUUGUGCUGACCUCUAUGACCACAAGGAAGUUAAUGGCAAUAGUUCAGACACUGAGCUCUUUGUUGAGGAUCACACAUUUGAAUCAAAUGUAGAUUUAAAUGAUGCUCCCCUAAGUCGUUUAACAGAAAAUGGAAAGGGUCCAUCAAAUCUGAUGUCCGCUCAUGAAACUCCAUUAUCAGUGGGAGAGAUUCUUCUGUCUUUGGAUGCUGGAAUUCCAUUACCUUGUCGUGCAGCUGAAUAUUCUAGCAAACCCAAUGGAACUCAGCAGCAUGUGAAGCGUACUAACUUAUGGGGAUGGAGCAAUGUGAGAAAGGGCCAACGAUCGGAGUUAGUUGAUCCAUCAGGUGAAGAAGACAGGCUUGCUAUUCAACGACUUGAGGUAAUGAAGAAUGACUUGCAGAUCAGGAUUGCAAAGGAGGCUAGAGGCAAUGCAAUCCUACAGGCAAGUUUGGAAAGAAGAAAACAAGCACUACACGAGCGUCGUGUGGCUCUGGAACAGGAUGUGUCAAGGUUGCAAGAGCAGCUACAGGCUGAAAGGGAUCUUAGAGCUGCACUGGAGGUUGGGCUAAGCAUGUCUUCUUCACAAUUUUCUAGCUCACUCUCCAUGGACUCGAAGACAAAGUCAGAGCUUGAGGAAAUUGCUCUCGCAGAAGCUGAUGUUGCAAGAUUAAAACAGAAGGUUGCAGAGCUGCAUUUCCAACUCAAUCAACAGCGCCAGCACCAGUAUGGCUCUUCCGUAGAUGCAAAUGAUCAUCCUCAACACCUUCUAAAUCAUCUCUCGCAGAACAUUGUCCAAACAGGAUUUGAUAGGAGCGUUGCUUUCUGUAAUCAAGAGAAGCAAAGAAAUGAGCGGCGACACAUAGGAUCUGCCACAUAUCUUAACGAGAUGAACUUUUCCAACAGUUUUCAUAAAUAAUGUCAACAACGUCUUGAAAGGUCAUAGCUAUCGAUGGAAGACCAGACGACUCUGGCGAUAGGCACACACCGUCCACAGAGGUUCUCACGACGAUGGCGUGGAGGUAGCACAUGAUGUGCUUUGGUGACAACGUCAAGAGCAUCUAGAAUAGUGGAGAUGCAUUUGUGGUCAUUGAAACGGUGGGACGACGCAAAACAGUUACGGGGGUAUACUUUUUAUCAUGGACUUGGCGCCAACAUUGAUUUCAAGAGUCUCAAAAAGGUUGGUAAAUGUAGAGAUAAAAUUGAGUUUGUAGGAAGUAUGUAAAUUUAUGGAUGUUUUACAUAACCGUUGGAGAAUAGUUUUCUUGAGAACUUAAAUUCAUAUUUAGGAGUUGUUAUUGUAGCUCUUGCUAGCUAUUUGUUAGUUAGCCAAUUCCACUAUCAUCAUUUUAGCUAGCUAACUAUUAGCUCUAGUACAUUUAAAGGGGGUCUAAGGCAGAUACAGACAUUCGAAUAGGGAUAGCAAUGAGUCGAAUUCGGGUCGGGUGGAAAAAAAACCCACCCGUGAUCGCACCCGUGAAGUCUAACUAAACCCGCCUACGAUCGCACCCACGGGUGCAAAUUUAAACCCGCAACCGAACCCGUCAGAUUUUGGGUAGGUUUUGGGUCACCUGUGGGUUUACUUAGUGUGCACAUUUAAAUAACAAUUAGCUAUAAGAAAUUAAGUAUCAACAAUAAUUGAGUUAUAUCUACAUAUUUUAAGCCUUCACAUAUUGAGUGGCAACAAACGUUUCAUAAAUCAGUAGCCAUGUUACUCAUUCAAAAUAAUUAUUGUUGUAUCUUAAUUAUUUUUGCGCAAAAUAAUGAUAAACUAAAUUUCAGCUCGGGUGAGGGUAAACCGCAGGUUAAAAUAGAAACCCGCACCCACACAUGCAAAACUUUAGGUUGGAUGUGGGUUACACCCGCGGGCCAAAAUUUUCACCCAUACCCACACCUGUCAGAUCGGAUAUCCGUCGAGUUUCAGAUUUGUGGAUUAAAUUGCUAUCCCUACAUUGAGUUUUUUUUGCUAUUAUAAAUCCCCUACAAUCGAACACGGUCAUACCUCGAAUUGAAGUAGAUACAUACAUCGAAUUGAAGUAGAUACGUAGACAUCUAAACAAGGUCUUAGAUGGUCGAUUAAUGAUUGGCAUACAAAGUACAUUCACACAUGUAUCUCGUGGUCGUGGCACUACCCUUCAGAAUAAAUAAAUGGAACAUUUGUUCCCUGGCCCACGCUUUACGUUUCGCAGCAGCAGAUCACGGAAUUCUUGUUUAAACCUUGUAUAUUGAAAUAGAUGUUGCCGCGCCAACCAUUGGAUUCCAGCUUUUGCUGCGAAACCAUUGGAUUCUGCAAAAAAGAAACAUUGGAUGCCAACCAGAGCGGUCACACCACAGGCAUGACGCCGGUUUCGUUCAUUCACGAAGCAAACAUUCCAAUCCAACCUGGCCGUACAGUUUAUCAUGCACCGUACUAUUGCGCUUGCGACUUGCAUUGUAUGCCUCCAUUGGAUGCGUAUAAAUUUACGAGCUAACCAAAACAUAAUUACACAGGGCAACGGCCAAGAAUCAUGUACAGUACAGCAGUUCAAACAGGGCAGGCCCCUUGCAGCCUAGCGUCAGCAAACCAAUUUACAGGGGUUACCUAGGUGCACGAGCGUCGAGAAGAACCCUCGGUUCUGUUAGCUCAACUCAAAAAGAUGGCCUGGGCAGAGCCUCCACAAAGUUGCAGUCUUCAGACGGGCACUUCGGUGCCUCAGAGCGCCGGUUAUGGUCUUC